AUGGCUAUCACUCCUGAAGCCGCAGCCGGCAAUGCCAUCACCCAGACGUUCAUGAGUGUACCUGCCCUCCUGGUUGAUUUCCCGCCAAGCUCAUCGCCAGAUCACGCUGCGCGGGUGAGGCUGCUGGGGCGGCAGUGGGCCGUCUUUGGGGCCGUCGGCCACGGUUUCUUUAAACGGAUAAGCCUUCUUGGACUUCUCGGAUACGCAUACACGGCCUGGGCUGCUCGAGGUCGCGGACGCGGUCUUGGUGACUGGAGGCUCUACGCGCUGUCGGCUCUGUGCCACCUGGUGACGGUGGUUCACUCUGCUGCCAACAUGCAGCCGCUGAACAAGAAACUCGAAGGACUGGAAAGCCCCGAAGCUGGCAUGACCGACGCUGUUCAAUCUGAGAAUCACGCGCGCAGCUGGAUCCGACGAAACACUCUCCGAAUUGCUAUGCCGUUUAUCGCUGGCACGGGCGCGCUCUGGCAGCUUGCGGGGUCGCAUUAG